AUGGACUCCCUAUCCUCCGUCGGGAAGAAUCUCCCUGAAAUCCCCAGAUCUAAGUCAACUGAGAAGUCUACGAUCGUGGCAUUCAAGCACACCAACGAGACCGAGAUCCUCCUCUCAGUCAACCGCCACGGCUCCCUACGCAUGAGCUUCUUCCUGCCAAAGACAAAGAAAGUCGGCGGCCUGAUCCCCUUUGGUCAGAUGCCAUCCUGGGGUGUCCCAUUCGCCUUUGAAAUCAAGGACCCCAGUGCCCUCCGCCUCCUCUACGAGGGUAAUGAAAAUACCCAGCCAGGCAUCCUGACCGUCCGCAAAGCAGCAACCAAGUUGCACCUCUACCUCCUCGACACCAUCAAAGAUAUUUAUAUCCUCCCCGAGUUGAUUGAUAUCGGUACUGAGCAGGCUGUCAUGGAGAAGGCAGUCCUUGAGAAGCUUUUACAACGAUUGGCGAUGCGCCAUCCGAGCUGUUCACGCCAUGCAUGA